CCUCGUCGCGAACGCACGCCACUUCGCUACGCCGUAGACCUUACAACAAUCACGCGGGAAAGUUUACAUACUUUCAAUGUGAAUUUAUUUUUGUUUGGAUUUUAUAUUGAAAUUUUAAUGAUGAAUUAUCUCGUGUGUUUUUUAAUGUGUGUAUUCGUUUAUGAAGAAUUAAUAUGAUUAGCCGUCGCUGACCGCCGGCCGGGCAUGUGGCUCCGGCGCGCUCACCCCACACCCCGCAACUCACCCUUUCGAGAAUCCUUGUAUUCACCCCUUUUCCUAACCCUACAUUUACUCUUAGUUCUACCCAUACUCAGUACCCAAAUGGCACCGAAAGCUACAAACAAAAUAUCCAGUUCCAAAAACUCAGAAUUAAAUUUAAACGAUGGCAUACUUCUUAAAACGAGAAGUUAUGAAACCCUUCUUAAUAGAUUUAGAAGGAAAAACGAAAUAUAUAUAGAACAUCAUAACGUAACAGACGAUGUGUAUUAUUACAUCGAAUCAAUAGGCAAUAAAUCAGAUAAAAAAAAUGUAGAUAAUACUGAAAGAUAUUACGAUAAAGACGAGAAAGCUGUUAAAGACGCAUCAUGGAAGAGUAAAGAUGAAUCCAUGGAGAAACUAAAAAUCGACGAUGUGACGCGAUCGAAAAUAUUCCACGACUAUUUCUCAACUGUAAACAAAACUGGAUCACGAACGAGCGAGAUCGACAUUUCAGCACCAAUGAACAAGAACGAAGGCCGGAAUUAUAUUCAUGAAUUGCCUACAAAUAAAUACGAUCAAGAUGACAUUGAUAAACAUUGGAAUGAGACGAGCGACGCUGAUAAUUUAAGAGUUGAAAUGGAAUAUCCGAUACAUGAAGAACGCAAGGAAUCAUUAGACGGCUCCCACGCCCUAUCUAAUGUAACUUCGAAAUCGAAAUUCGGAGCCGAGGAUUCCAAACUGGAUACUCGAAUAGUAUCUAUACUGGGUCUAUUCGAGCUAUCAGUAGGGGAUUCUCCGAGGGCUGAUGGAAUGUCAGAGUUGACAGCUGCGCGUUUGGCAGUGACACAUGUCAAUCAGAAGACGUUGCUCCCUGGAUACAAGUUGCACCUUAUCACAAAUGAUACUAAGUGCGAUCCAGGUGUAGGAGUGGACAGAUUCUUCCACGCUCUCUACACUGAGCGAGAGUCCAAAAUGACAAUGCUGCUGGGAACCGCCUGCUCAGAAGUUACAGAGAGCAUAGCCAAGAUUGUACCCUAUUGGAAUAUUGUACAAGUAUCCUUCGGUUCAACAUCACCAGCUCUUAGCGAUCGUUCAGAGUUCCCUCUAUUUUGUCGGACAGUCGCUCCAGAUUCAUCGCACAACCCAGCUCGGAUCGCUUUUAUACGGCAAUUCGGCUGGGACACAGUAACGGCUUUCUCCCAGAAUGAAGAGAUUUACUCCCUGGCCGUCAAUGAGCUGGUCACACAGUUAGAAGCCGCCAAUAUCACCUGCGCAGCCUCCAUCACUUUCGCCGAGUCAGACUUCAAGGAACAGUUGCAACAGUUAAAAAAAUUGGACACAAGAAUUAUAAUUGGGAGUUUCUCACAGGAGAUGAUACCGAAGAUAUUUUGUGAGGCAUUCCGUCUGGGGAUGUUUGGUGCGGAGUACGCCUGGCUUGUAGCAGGAGCACCACCUCGAGUGAGGGGAGGUUCACCUUGCUCCCGUUCACAGCUUGCCAAAGCACUCGAAGGCAUGGUAUCUGUCACUGCACAUAGAGGAAUCGUUGGUGAUGUUCCUUCUUUCUCAGGCCUGACCAACGAAAUGUUUCUACACGAAAUGUCAGCUGCUGGAGUGGCAAUUUCACCCUUUGCUCCUCAUACAUACGACGCAGUUUGGGCUAUCGCACUUGCACUAAGCAGAGCAGAACAAUUGUGGCGAAGUACAGAUAAUUCCACGACCAGCCUUGGACACUUCGACUACGACAGAAAGGAUAUGGCUGACGAGUUCCUUAAUCAGCUCGGGAACUUGAGUUUUCUUGGCGUUUCGGGACCGGUUUCCUUCAAUGGUGCAGAUAGGAUCGGAAUGUCAGCGUUCUAUCAAAUUCAAGGAGGUCGCCCGAAAACUGUAGCUCUCUACACUCACGGAAAACAAAUGAUCUGCCCAGAGUGUGCCAAACCUCGUUGGGCGGGCGGGAUUCCUGCAGCUAGACGCGUUAUGGUCCUUCGAGUGGACUCAGUUUGGGCACCUGCGAGACUCGCCGUUACCGCCUUGUCGGCAGCUGGAGUUGCUUUAGCAUUGGGAUUUCUAGCUUUUAACUUACACUAUAGUAAACGAAGAUCCAUAAAGCUGUCAUCUCCGCGUUUAAACAAUAUGACUCUGAUUGGAUGUGUGCUGGUAUAUACUGCGGUAGCACUCCUUGGUGUGGAUAAUGCCAUCCUGCCUUCUUAUAUACCAUUCACAGCUAUGUGUACUAGUAGAGUAUACAUACUGUCAGCUGGAUUCUCCCUUGCAUUUGGGUCAAUGUUCGCAAAAACAUACAGGGUUCAUAGGAUUUUUAUAAGUAACCGAAGUGGAGUUUGCAAGACAAAGCUUCUCCAAGACACACCACUAAUAUCAUUAGUUUGCGCUCUGCUGGUGAUUGAUGGUCUACUUGUCACUUUGUGGGCGACUCUUGAUCCUAUGGAGAGGCAUCUCAAGAACCUGACAGCGGAAAUCAGUGCCACAGAUAGAAGUGUUGUUUAUCAACCGCAGAUAGAAAUCUGCAAGUCACACAACACCACCGGAUGGCUCUGCGUCUUGUAUGCGUACAAGGGUCUCCUCCUCUUGGUAGCUGUGUACAUGGCGUGGGAAACACGGCAUGUGAAAAUAACAGCACUCAAUGAUUCGAAAUACAUAGGCAUCAGUGUAUAUUCUGUAGUCAUAACCAGUACCAGUAUAGUCGUUAUUGGUACUAUUAUCUCUGAGAGAGCUACCCUAGCUUACAUUACUAUAACCAGCUUGAUUCUUAUCGCUACAACAUCUACGUUGUGCCUUUUGUUCCUGCCGAAGAUUAUUGCUAUUAGAAAGAAAGCUGAAGAAGAUCCAGUAAUCCAAAGUUUAGGAUUACGACUCGAAUGUAAAACGAGAAGAUUUGUGACGGACGAAACACAGGAGUUACAUUUCCGAAUAGAGAUACAAAAUAAAGUUUAUAAGCGGGAAGUGGCAGCGUUAGAUAAAGAGAUAGCUAAGCUGGAGAGGCUGCUAGCAGAACCUUUGGAGUCUAGCAGUCUCCAUAAACGAAGCGAAUUAAACACCGUAGAAGAAGAGAGCCACAAAGACAAACGUACGCCAAGCAUCAGUGGAGGUCUACCGAUGUUGCUGCUCUCUGUUUUACCUCCUGUCAUUCCUCGAGCGAGCUGGCCUUCGGCUGAAGCUUACAGAGGAAGAAACUCCGUCAGUUUCAGCUCACAACCAAAACUAUUCUACAGAAAAUCCCAACAAAUGGAUCUUUACAACAUUUGCUUCAAACGCGAGGAAAACCACGGCCUCCUAAAAAGAUUAAAAAGCUUCUUCGGUAGCCGACCAAGCAGCAGAAAAGCCUCCACCAUGUCCAUAGCAGAUCCAACAGGACAAAGCAUAGCUGCAGCUUUAAAAAUGCAUGUUGGAAUGAUCGCUGGCCUCGUCCCAGGGAACAGAAAACACUCAAUAGUUCAUUCGUGCAAUACUCUCAAUGUACCAAGUCUAGAAAUGAGAUUACGCAGAGAAUCAUACGCUAGGAGUGGACCAAUCAUUAGAGUCACAGAUGAUGAACCGUCUUGCUCAUAUUCUCAGAGAAAUAAAUACGUAGCAGAGCCGGAAACACGCGUUAAUUUCGUUCUGCCUACAACGCAUAAUCCAACACAAAAUUCGUUGGAAAAAAUCAAAGGAUCACCACGAUUUCCACACAGAAUAUCAGCAUCUGCUUCUAGUAUGUCCACUCUAGAUACUAGACGUAAAACAAGUGCUGAUAGUGUAUUUAACAUGUCGAAUGAACUAUUUGAUGAGAAUAGACGACAUAGUCAUCAGAAUGUUAUAAGAAAUAGUCAAGAAAGGAAUUUGGACAGCCGCUGGAGGUCCACAGAAGACGCUCGUCCGGGACCCUCAACAAAGAAAUGAUAGAUAUGCCAAAUUUUCCUCCGGAACACAAUGUACCUGCUUUGACUAAAUUUUUUUUUUAAUAAUUUCAGAUAUGAGUUUUACAUAUUUUUGAUUGAUCAUUAAUCUCUAGCCAGCAGGGCUACACUGUAAAAUCUAAUCUUUGAUAAAAAUUGACUUAAUAUUUAACUAGAAUAGCCUGACAGAUGCCAAUAAUUAUGACAUCGCUAAGGGGGCGUCCAUAAAUUACGUGAGGUGUUUAAGGAGUGGAGGGGGUCGAGUCAAAUCUCAUUUAAUCUUACGUUGGA